AUGCCCACUGCACGCAACGUGUUGCGCCCAGAACUGGAGCUUGAUGCCAGGCUUGAAGACGACGUGGAGAGCGCUACUUUGGCUUUCCGAUGCCUGGGCACCCCAGCGGCAAGAGCGUGUCUGCUGCCGAGCUCUCGUUGCUUUUCUCGCCCCUGGACCCCGUCACACGACGCAAUAUUGCUGCAACGAAAGUCCGGUGGACAGCACCUGCUCAAGCCCCUGCUGCUGGUGCACCUGCUCAACAUAGUCCUGCUGGUGCUCCUGCUCGUGCUUCACAUGCAUCGGUUUCCCAUGCUGCGCAUACGGCACAUGCUCCAGCUCCGCAUGCAGGCAGUCGCAUCCACGAUUCUGGGUCCGCUGAACCGAUGCAGGUCGACCAAGCAGAACGCACGCCUCUCUCUGCUCUUUGUGACCGCCCUUCUUCUUCUGUUUCGCAUGCAGGGCACGUGCAACCUCCGCAUACAGUCAGGCGUGACUGCGCUACUAGGUCCGCACAACCGCCGCAGACUCCUCCUGGCCGCCCUUCUGCGCAACAAGCAGCCUCCGCAGGCCUCACCGAACUUGUUCAACUACCGAGGCCGACCCUGA